AUGCUCUAUAUUAAUUGUUUAAAUUACCCUUCUUUUUCAAUCUUUGCCAUAGGUUAAUUUGUAAUAUCAGCUUCUAAAAUCAUUUUUAAUCCUAUAUUAUUAUAUUCUUUCUCCUAAAUAACUGAUAAAUAGGAUACCCUAUUCCCAAAAAGAAAAUUUAUAAUUAAAAAAGUCGACUUAAGUAAAUUUCUCUCUAAACAAUAAUUUACAUAAUUAUAUUUAGUAAAGGAAAUCUCACUUAUUCUAAGCUCCUUGAAUGUAUAUGCUGAUUAUAGGUAUCAAAUAUAAAUUCGAAUAUAACUUGGUUAAUCUUAUUAUAGAGUUUUGCCUUAUUAUUUAUACUUACAAUAGAAGGCUGUUUAUUUUUAUAAUAUUUAAGUAUUUGUAAUAGGGAUUUAAUUAAAACUGAAAAACAAAAAGCCAAUUAUUCAAUCUAUUAAUUUAAUUCCUUAUAUAUACAUAUAUCUACUAGAAUCUAAAUUUAUAAUUUCUUCAAAAUCAAACCCUCUAUUUCAACUAAUUCAUAUGUUAUUAAUAAAUAAACAACCACAAUAGAGUUAAUAAAGCCAUCAUUAAAAUCACUAAAUCAAUAUUCAAUUAUCUUCAUCAAAUUCAAGACUCUAUUGA